GAAACUCUAACCAAUUCGGAAUAAAUAAAAUAUUUAUUUUUAUAUGGGGAAUGCAAAAGGUAGAAACCUUAGUAGAUGUUGGUGGCUAUUAUAGAAGAGAUGAAAAUUUGAUGAUUAUAAUCAAUAUACUAUGAUUAAGGAUUAAAAUAAGGUAUAUGGAAAGAAUUAAUACAGAAUUAUUGGAGGUCUAUUAAAUUUAUUUAUUAAAUAGUGAAGCCUAGGCGUACGAUGCUGGAAAAUAUAAAAAUAAUUUGAGAAAAAGGAACAUGGAAAUACAUUUUUCAGGAUUAGGAGAUGUAUUGAAAAAUUUAAAGUAUUGAAU